AUGGCGGAAAACACCAUCCAUCUAGUCGACAACACCGCUCCAGUCCGUCGAUUCUCUGAGGACGAACCGGAGGAUGCAAUUUCGCAGAUCCCCACCGCCACCACCGACCGCUCCAAGAAUGGCUCCAGGCGAUGGAGGACUCCCUCCGUGAGAGCCUCGCUGCGGAACAGGCGAUACGCGAAAUGGCAGCCAGAGCGCCUCGGAAUCUCCGACACCAAUGGAUCAGACGCCCGCGACGAAAGCGAGCUGUCUCGUGCGGGCACCAACACGAACACCCUCGGCGCUGAGAGUCUCGCGUCGGUCUCGUCCUUCCCCACCACCGAGCAACAUGGCGUGGAGGCUGCAGAUUUCGCGUCGUCAGGGGGAGAGCACAAUAACGACACCCAGGGGCCGGGGUCAGGGACGAGAUCUGGCUCGCAGUCCGGGUCGGGCACGCACGCCCACACGCACGCCCAUGGCCUCAAACCCGGGAGUGAGCUGGACAUCCUGUACGAGAACCAACGGGGGUGGUUCUUCUUUGGUAUACCGCUGUACUCGCACAGUUCGCUUCUGAACUUCGAUCCGUGCGCCUGGGUGACGGGCGAUUUGCGCGACAGCCCGGUCAACAUCACCAACGCGCAGCUUCCAGACCCCAGCUGGGAAUGGGCCUGGAAGUCGUGGUACGUGGAUAUGUCGGGCGACGUGGACGACCAGGGCUGGCAGUAUUCGUUCUCGUUCUCGUCCACGGCCUGGCACGGAUCGCACCCCUGGUUCCAUUCGUUCGUGCGCCGGCGCCGUUGGGUGCGGCUGCGGGUGAAACGCGCGCCUGAGAGGAGCCGCCAGGGCCGCACCGAGUUCGAAAUGGCCCAUCGGCUCAAUGAAGAUUACUUCACUAUCCAUUCGGCGUCGAAGAGCAGGGCUGCGUCGGUCUCCGAACCGGCCUCUCGUAUGACUUCGGGACGUUCGGGUCGGGCGGCGACUCGUCCUGAUGAUACUGCUCCUCCGCUGGAUGAGAUUGCGAAUAUACCGACUUUAUUACAUGCCAUGAGAAUGGCGGUCGUGGACCGGGAGAAGAUCGAUGCUCUGGAUCGGUUUCUUCAUGAGGGAGGUCACGAGUUGUAUUAUCUGGAUGAAAAGAUGCCGGAGAUCAUGUCGCUGUUUGUCUUCCAGGAAUCGCGCUGGCAAUUCGUCACCCACAUGACCAACUUUAUCGACGAGCUGUCCCAUGAGGAAUCUCUGAGUAACGACACAGCAGCGGAGGACAUUCGUCGCCAGAAGGAAUAUCUCACUAAAGCAGUGGAGACGGCCAACCGCCAUCUCACGGGGCCGGAGCUUUUCAGUGCUCAGACAGAGAUGCUCAAUCUGACUCCUAUCGCGAGGAAGGGCAGCUUGGUGUCAAAACACUCGCGCAACUUCUCAGCCCCUCCCAUAACUAAUGGCGGACACAUCAAGGGUAUCCCUCGACAGGCGGAGACCCGGCGGCAAUUUAUUAUUCUGUGUGACUUUCGGGAGCUUCUUCUGCACAAGAACAGACUGACAAACGAAGACACAGCUCUCACCUUCCCUUCCAACACCCUCUUCCCUUUCCAUGACCGUGACGACGCUUCGCCCGCGUCAUUCCCCAUGUUCUCGCGUGGCCACCCGUGCUUGAAAAGACGUGGUCUGGCUGCCGUCUUGGACACCGUCGCGGCUGGCCCCGAGGAACCCUUACUCUUCCUGUACCCUCGAUGGUUUACGUCGGGGGCUCGCGCUCGGAAACCGAUCUCGUCGAUUAAAUCCCCCUCUCCAGGCUCUCGCAGUUCUCGCAGACUGUCUUUCGGACCCCCGUCCCGACGAUGGAUCUCUUCCAACUCGGCCGUUGGCGCCACCGCACUGCCAGUCGAUAAUAUGCCCCGGCGGACCUCUUCUCCCAAUGCCGCAGAAGUGAGUCCGGCGGACCGAUCUGAGACGAAAGCCAAGACGCAGAAGCAGGAGGCUAGUGAUGUAUCUCCGAAGCGGCGACAUGUAUUCAACGCCUUCGCCGAUAUUACGCCGUCGACUCCCCCUUCCGCACCACGAAACAUCGCCCGCAACACCCGCUCCGCGGACAAAGCCCUGGUAGCCAUGAAGCGGCUAUCGGUCCGCGACCGACGAAAACUCCGAUACCGAUUGUUCCUUUCGAAACAGCUCCAAGAGCGUGGCGUGAAAACCAGGUCCAACCAGUGGACCAAGAUCCGGGACUUGCUGGAGCGGUUGCAGGAGGAGGCCCGCGUGUGGGCGAAGAAAGGCACCAAGCAGAAGGAAUUGCUCAUCCCCGAGGAGACGGUGGCGCUGCUCGCCGGCGUCACCGACAUGGCGAUGAAGGAAAACAUCUGGUACGUCCCGGUUCACAACGGGUGUCGCGUGCAUGUGCUCCAUCCGCUGGAGAGUGAAGGCCAGUACCGGAAGGUGAUUUUGUCUGGCUCGGAGCGCGUCGUGGAGCUGGUCGGCGACCGCAUCAUGCAUGCGCGCGACCUCCAGGCCCGCGGGGCUCCGCUGGUCGAUAUCCGCAAGCCCCGUCUGCCGGUGUUCCCGUCUAUCGAUGCGAUGAAGCGAAAGGGCCAUGAGGUGCCGCUUGUGCGUGGUGUUUGGGACUUUUAUUCUGCGCGGGGGAGGCCGGCCAAGUUGGAUUUGAUAUUGGCGGCUUCCGAGAACUUGUCGACGGUUAGAGAGUUUGCGGAGCAUGUGGAGGAGCUGACCAGAUCCCAGGCGCUGGCUUACAAGCGUAUCAAUGGCCAUCCUCAGGCACCCGUUCAACGACGCAUUGCCAAGGCGUUGGUGAAGUUGUUUCUGGACGACGCUAACCGUGACUUACUGUCGACGGCGGCGUUGAAUCGCGCGCUGGCUUUUCUCUGCGAGCAUGAUUUGCUUCGCUUUGCGAAGAUGGUGUUUCUCCGUGCUGAACAUGUUGCGACGGUGGAUACGUUUAAUAUUCUGCUGAAGUCGGCUGCGAAGAGACAGGAUGCGCGGUUCUUCCGCCAGUACUUGCUGGUCAUGUCUCGGAUGAACAUCCGACCCGAUUCAUACACUUGGGUUGCAUUUCUCGACUGUCUUGUUUCACCGAAAGCGAAAGCGAACAUGGUCAUCUACACGCUGCAGAAAGGCUACCUCAACCAAACGGGCGCGGUGCGCAGCGCUUUGCAGUUGACUAUCCAGGACACGUUUCUGACGCACCUGGAGAGCGGGAAGAGCGUGGACUCCUUUUUCAACAUGGCUAUCGACACGUACGGGACCAACUGGUUCCCUCCUUCGCUGAUCAACCAGAUGUUCAGUGUUACGGUCCGGUUGAGAAACUUCCAAGCCAUGGAUCGGCUCCUUGAGAUCUGCAAGCAGCAGGGCUUCUCUUUAAACAGUUCUACGGUCAACCAGAUCAUCGUACUCUUCCGGUCUGAUAUCUUCUCUGCGCUCCGCUAUGUCUGGAGAUGCGUCGACCAGCCGGAGAAGAAGCUUAGGAAAGAUGCAUGGGAGCGGCUGUUUUUGAUCGCCUUCAAGGGACGCCAUUAUAAUAUCUGCCGCGUCUUGUGGAGAUACGCCUGCUUCAACGGGACUGUGUCGUACAAGAUGAAGCAAUCUGUGCUCACUUCGUUGGCUCGGAACGUCGCACGGAAGAAGGGCAAAGACGUCGACAACGUGUGGCGUACGAGCGCAGGCAAAGUCAUUGUCGGGGUUGACUUGCAUCUUGCAUCGUACCCCCAAAAGAGGGCUCUUCUGGAUGGCGUGCCGCCAGAGUUCCACGAGAACCCGGUCGCGUAUCUUGCCAGUGGAUUCAAAGCCGACGGUGAAGAUCGCGAGAGACAACUGCGACUGGCAGCGAUGCUGACGCAACGUGAUAUUGAGGUCGGCCCGUGGUAUCGCCCUUCGCGGCCUUUGGGCAUCAUGCUGGAGGCUGCUGCGGUGAUGGAUCUCGAGUGGAAAAACACACCACGGCCCACGCAAUGGCUGAUGCAGAACGCCAUUAAUGUCCCUGUGACACAAUCUGUCUACCCCCGGUAG